AACAGUAGAGGGCAGCAAUAUGCCAGUCUAGCGUCUAGUCUGCCUAAACCAAAGAAGAAAAAGAAAUUGCUACGCAGUAUCUUUCUUUGCCAUUCAAGCUUGUGGCAUUGUAAAUUAAUGAGGUCGACUAAAGAUGGGAGAUGCACACUAAAACCUUCAGUCUGUGUCCAUUCUACUCUCUGCCACCAUGAUGACCAAUCACUGCUCAUUGUUGCCAGAAGUUUUGCCAAAACAGUGUCUUUCGGUGUAUAUGAGGUGCCAGCCUGAGCUGGACCCUGAGCCAAUGUGUGGGUUCUCUGUUGAGCUGCCUCUCUCAUUUAAAACCAUGGAGGAGUGCAGUGUGUCUGCCAGUAAGCACCCUCAGUAUUACACACAGGUGUCGACCAAGCUGGAAGGUCAGCUGAUGUCUCCAGGGUUGAACGCCUACACCAAGCAGUGUGCCAUGCCAGAGAACCCCAUGUGUCGUAUCUGUCAUGACAGUGGAGCCCAGGAGGAGCUGUUGUCCCCCUGUGACUGUUCUGGGACCCUGGCUGCCAUCCACCGCAGCUGUCUGGAACACUGGCUGUCUGCCUCAGGAACCAGCUUCUGUGAGCUCUGCCACCACCAGUUCACUGUGCAGAGGAAGUCCAGGCCACUGUUUGAGAAUUUCACGGUGCUUCAAUUCUUGUUGGCGGUUCAGUGGAUGCAGACCCCAGGUCUUCGUCAGGAGAGGCGCACUCUGUUUGGUGACCUGGUGUGUUUUCUGCUCAUCACCCCUCUGGCCACCAUCUCCGGCUGGCUCUGCCUUCGCGGUGCCAUAGAUCACCUUCACUUCUCCAGCCGGCUGGAGGCUGUGGGGCUCAUCGCACUAACUGUUGCCCUCUUCACCAUUUACCUCUUCUGGACCCUGGUGUCUCUCAGGUAUCACUGUCGACUGUACAAUGAGUGGCGACGGUCCAGUCAGAGAUUCGUCCUCCUCCUCCCCAGGUCACAAUGUGAAGCAUCCCCGCUGUACUCCUUGCAAGGCUCACAGCAAGGGAAGCAGCCCUCCAAGGAGUCGAUAGUCUGAGCACAGAGCCAGCUCCAAGACAGACUCUCGUCAUGGGAUGGACUCUUUUCAUCUUAUGCUUUCUAGCACUUUAAAGCACAGUUCUGAGAUUUUCUGUUAUAGCUAAUGUCACAUGUAUGAAUGGCCAUAGGUAAAACGGUCCAAAAGGACUGCCUCACCUGGACACAAACAUGCUGUCAGCUGAUGGGGGAAGGACUGUAAUCUGACAUUUUUACACCAUAAUGAAGACAUUAUGGCUUAAGUAUUGCUUCAAGAAAUAGUUUGACAUUAUUAGAAAUCCUCUUGUUUGCUGAGUCAGGUGAGAAGUUCAGUAGUUUCCCAAAACAUCACACUGUUCCUUUAAAAAUGACUGUUGUACUGUAGGCACCUACAUCAAAUAACAAAAAGCCGUGGACAUCUUUAUAUUUCAGCAGCACAAACAAAGACACAUGUUGCGUGGAUAAAACAGUGACAGUGUGUUUGAUAUUAAGAUGGUCCUUCGUGUUAAAUUCUAAUCUGUCAGGAUCUUCUGUCCAAGUUGAAGUCAAGCACAGCCUUAAAGUCAUCUCCUGGUACAGGUUCAUGCACACUAACAGCUACAGGCAAUCUGAUUUAAGUCUAUUAAUAAAUCCAUAAACAAUUUUUGGCACUGAUUUGAUCAAUUGAUAGGGACACAUCCAAACGGAAACCAAAGGUUAUUUUUUUAUUUGAAACAUUUUGUUCUUUGUUCUGGUUCAUGUGUGUAUUGAUGAAGAAAAAUAAAGUACAAGGCUCAAUACAA